AUGCCUCGUCGGAGUGUCCUAGGGUUUCGAAUUUCGCAUGCAUGGCUGGUUUUUUAGGGUUCUUGGGAGCUUUGAUUUUCAGAAAAGAAAAUACUUCUUUCGUUGUUUCUGUGCUGUCGGUUUAGUUUGUGUCUUUUCGGUUCCUGCAUUUCGGAAUCUACACUCUGGAAUUUGCCGAAUUGCGGGGCGAUAGAGUCGGGAGCUGCUCGGAGCUGCAUUUGGUUUUCUAAGAUGAAGGAAAUUCGGGAAACGAUAGUUGAAGAAUGAGUGUUUGGUUCUGGUUUUUUAAACGGUUGUUUUUGUGUGCAAUCUUGGUAUAAGAUGAGUAUAAAGAUGAAAAGGUGUUUGUUCUGUUAGAUAUGAGGAAAAUGGUGCUGUCUGGUUAAUUCUUCCAUGUCAGAAUCUGGAUCUAGACGUCUUACCUAGAGCAGAAAGCGAGUCUCUUGUAUCUUGUACUCAAGUGUCAGUUCAUCCAAUGGCAUUAUCAGUCCAAGAUCCAUCAACUUUGAAGCAUGUGGAUCAAAGUGAUACCUAUAUGAUUCCUAAGGAAGAAAUGCAGAAUGGAGCGCUUCCCAAAGCAGAAUCGAUUGUCUGUGCUUCUAAGAAACUUCAGGACGAUCUGCAAAUGCUAGGACAUAGAAUUAAGCAGCAUGAGGAGAAUCUAAAAUUUCUGAAGAAUCAGAAACAUAGUUUGGAGGACUCCAUUCUUGACAUGCAAGUUGUUCUUGGCAAGUAUCAUUCUUCUAGUGUACCUAUGACCGAAAAUAGGGACAUUUCCCACUGUCAGAGUGAGGAGGAAACAACUGAACAGAUUUUACGGCAUGAGAAAUCUGCAGCUGGCUUGUUGUGUCAGCUAAAAACUCGUCACAGCACUCAGGCUUCUCAUCUUCCGUUAACCAAGGAUAUUCUGGGUAUUGUUGCUACACUUGGCAAGGUCGAAGAUGACAACCUAAGCAGGCUCUUCUCAGAGUACUUGGGAGUGCAGACCAUGCUAGCAGUUGUAUGCAGGACUUCUGAAGGCAUGAAAGCUCUAGAAACGUAUGACAAGGAUGGCUUUAUAAAUAAGAGCUCAGGUCUUCAUGGGCUUGGAGCUUCUAUUGGAAAGCUUUUGGAUGGCCGGUUUCUUGUCAUUUGUCUUGAAAAUUUAAGAGAGUAUGCUGGUGAGUUUGUAGCUGAUGACCCACAAAGGAGGCUUGACCUUCUAAAGCCAAGAUUACCCAAUGGGGAGUGCCCACAAGGAUUUUUGGGCUUUGCUGUGAACAUGAUAAAUGUGGAUGCUGCACAUUUAUUCUAUCUCACAGCCAAUGGUUGUGGCCUUAGAGAGACCCUAUUCUAUAGCCUCUUCUCUCGUCUGCAAGUCUACAGGACUCGAGCAGAUAUGCUGCAUGCUCUCCCUUGUAUAAGUGAUGGGGCCCUUUCUUUAGAUGGUGGGAUGAUUAGGGCUGCUGGUAUUUUCUCUCUGGGCAAUCGGGAAGACGUAGAUGUGAGAUUUGCAGUAGGCUCUAUAAUUCCCAAUCUACCUAUGAACUACUUCGAAACGGAGAACCAGGUCAAGAUGGUGAAAUGGAAAAAGGAAAAAAUGAUUGAAGACAUUAAAAGAGAGCAGUCAUUAUUGGACCAUGCAAAGUUCAACUUCGAAAUAAAAAAGCAAGAAUUUGUUAAGUUCCUGGCUGAAAGCUCAUCAUACAUGACUCAGAUUCAGGCAGGCCGAGACAGAAUGACCCCGAGAUGACAUUUCCAUUUGAAGAAUCAUGUUCACCAUGUCAUACGAGGGGACUUGAAUGGUAUGAUUGACCAUAGCGGUGGGACGAAGAAGCCGUUUUUUGGCGAUGAAGCGCAUGAGAUGGAAGUGUGAGGUGGGCGAGGAAUAGGUGAAGCAACAUUCCCCCAAGAUUCCGCGGCUGCAAAAAUUUGUAUCAGGCAUCCCUUUGGUCCUCAUUGUAUGCUUGUGGGUAAAUUUUGGUGCUUGGUUGUACAUUCUAGGAAGAAUUGUACUGGGAAGAACUGCAUUCUGCAUAUCAAUCUACGCCCCUCUCUCUCUCUC